UUGAAGGUGUGGAGGAAACGCUUUUCCGGUUCAGAACAAAAUCCAGAGGAACUUCUUGUUGUCAUCAUGACGUCUUUAUGGGAUGACUUGGACAGUCUUGUGAAUACCCCUUCCUCUUUCUCAGCAAAAACUGGAGAGAGAGGAACCAUCAAGCCUAAAGCUAACUUUGAUGCAGGAGACGAUGCUGGGGCUCUGAGGAAGGCCAUUGAAGGACUUGGCACCAAAGAGAAUGUUCUGAUUGACAUUCUGACCCAUAGAAGUAGCGCUCAGAGGCAGCUCAUCUGUGAAGCUUAUCAGGAAGCCACUGGCAGAACAUUACUGGAGGACUUGAAAGGGGACACCAAUGGUGACUUUGAGGACCUGCUGGUGGCGCUCAUCACCCCUCCUGCAGUGUACGACUGCCAUGAAGUGAUGCGGGCAAUGAAAGGAGCUGGGACAGAAGACAGCGUCCUGAUUGAAAUCUUUGCCUCCAGAUCCAAUCAACAAAUCGCAGCUCUCUGUGAUGUCUAUUUGCAAGAAACGGAGAAGAAGUUGACCCUUGACCUGAAGGAGGAAGUUUCCGGAGACUUUUCCAAAGCGCUGCUCCUCCUGGCUGAAGGCAAGAGGGACGACGGCACCACAGUAAAUACAGAGCAGGCAAAAGAAGACGCCAAGAGUCUUUAUGAUGCCGGGGAGAAGAAGUGGGGCACGGAUGAAUCUAAAUUUGUUGACAUCCUCUGCCAAAGAAGUAUACCUCAGCUGAGACAAACUCUUGUUGAAUACAAAAACAUCAGUGGAAAGACUCUGCAGCAAAGCAUUGAAGGAGAGAUGUCAGGGGAGCUUGAGGAACUGCUGGUGGCUAUCGUGAAAUGUGUGAAGAGCGUGCCUGCCUACUUUGCAGAGCGCCUGUAUGAGAGCAUGAAGGGUGGUGGAACGGAUGAGUCAACUCUGAACCGGAUCAUGGUGAGUCGGUCUGAGAUUGACCUGCUGGACAUCCGAGCCGAGUUCAAGAAACUGUACGAGUACUCACUGCACUCUGCAAUCGACUCAGAUCUGGGGGGCGACCACGGGGACUGUGUGAAGGCCAUCUGUGGAGGAGACGAUUAACUAACCCCUGAGGUCUACCUGAGGCC